AUGGGCUCUUGCUUUUACCGAGUUCUCCUGUUGGCUGGCUUCUGUGCCCCAAUCUUCUGCAUGUGGGCAUCCAAUCCCCGCAACAGAGAGUCUCCCCAGCCUCCCGGCAUGAAGGGCAACCCAGCCUCCCAGGUGUCUCCCAGCAACACCAAGUUCGCCUUCUUUCUGUACCAGAGGCUGGCUCAGGAAAGCCCAGGUCAGAAUGUCCUUUUUUCUCCUGUGAGUAUCUCAACUUCCCUAGCCAUGCUGUCCCUGGGAGCCCGCUCAGCCACCAAGAUGCAAAUCCUCCGGAGCCUUGGCUUCAACCUCUCACACGUGCCGGAGUCCACCAUCCACCUGGGCUUUGAGCAACUGGUCCGCUCGCUGAAUGUGUGCCACAAAGACCGGGACUUGAGGAUGGGCAGUGUCCUCUUCAUCAGGAAGGAGCUGCAGCUACAGGCCACUUUUCUGGACAGGGCCAAGAGGCUUUAUGGAACAAAAGUCUUUUCUGAAGACUUCUCAAACACUGUCACUGCUCAGGCCAGGAUCAACAGUUAUGUGGAGAAGGAGACCAGAGGGAAGGUGGUAGAUGUCAUCCAAGAGCUUGACUCUCAGACAGCCAUGGUCCUGGUGAACCACAUCUUCUUUAAAGCCAACUGGACACAGCCCUUCAGUGCUGCAAACACAAACAAGAGCUUCCCGUUCCUCCUGAGCAAGGGCGGCACUGUGCGCGUCCCCAUGAUGCACCAGACGGAGUUGUUUGCUUUCGGAGUGGACAGAGAGCUGGGCUGCACCGUGCUGCAGAUGGACUACAGGGGUGAUGCCGUGGCUUUCUUCGUCCUCCCGGGCAAGGGCAGGGGCAAGAUGUGGCAGCUGGAGAAGAGUCUGUCAGCCAGGAGGCUGAGAAAGUGGAGCCUCUCCCUCCAGAAAAGGUGGAUCAAAGUGUUCAUCCCCAAAUUUUCCAUUUCUGCUUCCUACAACCUGGAAAAUAUCCUCCCCAAAAUGGGGAUCCGAGAUGCCUUUAACGCAAACGCUGACUUUUCCGGGAUUACAAAGACACACUUCCUGCAGGUUUCUAAAGCUGCUCACAAGGCUGUGCUGGACGUCAGUGAGGAGGGGACAGAAGCCGCAGCAGCUACCACCACCAAGCUUAUAGUCCGCUCCCGGGACAACCCUUCCUCCAUCAUCUCCUUCAACCAGCCAUUCCUGAUUCUACUUCUGGAAAAAAGUACAAAAUCUCUUCUCUUUCUAGGGAAAGUUGAAAAUCCCCAGAAGAUGUAG